AAAUGAUAAAGUUUGUUUUGGCGGGAUUAGCCCUGGUGGCAGUGACGUGUGCCUUUGAGGAGCAUGGAUUCAUCAGCGAAGUGAAGCAUAUCCCGUACAAGUGGUACGGUGGUAUGCAGGGAGGAAUGGGCGGCGGCGGUGGCGGCGGCGGAGGUGGCUUUGGAAUGGGAGGAUUCGGAGGUGGCAUGGAAAUGGGAGGAGGCAUGGGAGGUGGAAUGGGCGGUGGAAUGGGAGGAGGAUGGAAGGAAGGUGGUGAGGACUACUAUUCGUAUCCGAAGUACAAGUACGAAUAUGGAGUUAAGGACUUCCACACCGGUGAUCACAAGAGUCAAUGGGAGAUGCGCGAUGGUGAUGUCGUCAAAGGAGAAUACACCCUGGAUGAGGCCGAUGGAAGCAAGCGUAUCGUUGAGUACUACGCUGACGGAAAGAACGGUUUCGAAGCUAAGGUGAAGAACAUUGGCGGAGGAGGUAUGGGAGGUGGAAUGGGCGGUGGUAUGGGAGGAGGUAUGGGAGGAUUCGAAGGUGGCUACCACGGAAUGGGAUACAGUUAUAGCAAGCUGAAGAAGUACAAUUGAGGCGAUUAGAUGUAAUGCUGACUGAUUGAAAUGUGAUACGCUAAUUAGAUACAAAUACACAAGUAAGCACCAUGUAGAAUUCAUGUCUUUUUUUCAUAUUUGGGAAAAAAACACUACUUUAACAUAAAAAAGUAAUGUGGAAGUAUUAUAUUAUAUUAUAUAAAGGGGGCUGUUCAUAAGCCACGUAGACCGAAUUUUAACUGUCUCAAAACUCCCCUCUCCCCUCGUAGGCUUCUGUCAAUACAAAAAUUUUGAAAUUUGCGUAGACUUUGAACAAUUCCCCCGCUCCUCCAAGAAGUCCACGUGAUUUAUGAACGACCUCAAAGGGAUGCUUCGUGUAUUUUUUGCCUUUCCUCUUUUUUCUCGCUGACGUAGCUUAACAUUAGUGCUUUUUUAUUACUUUCAAUGAGCAAAUAUACGAUCUAGUUGUUAGCCAACAAUAUAGAAGAAAAACUGAGACUUUGUAUCUCACGAACAGCAAAGCAGCCAGAACAAACAUCGCUCGGGCCCGUUAGGGACCAGAAAACGCUCAGAUAUUUUGCAACAGCAAAACUUUACAGAUCAUUCGCUCUACAAUUAAAAUUGAAAUAGUAUAUGUCAGAUUCUCACAAGUAGUCUUCGAACAAUGAAUUUGAUAUACCCAUAUCGAUCAAUUUACUUACCUGUAAAGAAAUAAAAAAGAAAUUGUAUUAGAUGACUAGAGAUACAAAUUAAAAGUAGAAGAAUACAGUUUCAUCAGGGCCCGAGUUAUAAAGACAAUGAGAUAUAGGGUCCUGACCGGGAGUCUAUCUUCAUAGAUAUUUGUUUUGCGAUCACUAGAUUUUUUGGAAUAUACUCUCGAUUGCUGCCUUACUCAAUAUUUCUAUCAAAAUCUGUCAUUUUAACCUAUAUCCGACGAAUAUUCUAAUUUAUAUAGGAAAACAGUAAUAAUUUGAGAAAAUUUACUUCAGCAUACUGUCCUUGGAGAAGUUUCUCUUGAGAUUUAUACUUUUAAAAUGGUGGACAAUUUUCUUCAUACUUAAGGGUUUUGGUCACCGUCGAUUUUAAUAUUUGGAAAUUGUUGAUAU